AUGGAGCCACCGCCUCCGCCGCCACCUCCCCACGGAGACAAUGCCUCAGGCGGCAAGCGCGGUGGUGGCCUUCCAGACGGCAAAUAUGACAUCUUUGUCAUUCCUCCCUCGUCGGCCGGCUCCGGCUUCCUCUACCUCCCGUCACUUCAAGUCAACCGAAACAGCUUCAUCGCUGGUGCCGUCUGUAUGUUUCUGGUUGGAGUAAUAUGGAACACAACUGUCCCAGUCGUCAAAUCCUGGUUCCACGAUACUAUGGCCGGUGGAGGGUCAGGCGUCAUGUUUCUACUCAUGGCCGUUGGAGUUGUUGCAUGGGCUCUCGGUAAGACACAGGCUGAAUCCACGCAUCCUGACAGCUCGUCGAAGGGUGGUCCCGGAGCCGCACCAAACUUCAACUCUCAGCCGGCUGGUGGUGCCGCGCCUCCUCCCAACGCUGCUCCACCACCGCCCAAAUCAUCCUGGCAACGACCGCAGCCGCAGGCCAACCCUGGCGCGAAGUCGGGCUGGGAGAAAGCAAGAGAAGAGACUCGGAAGAAGGAGGAGGACCGCAAGAAGGCUGAAGAUGCAAAGAAGCGGGCUGAAGAGUUGGAGAAGCGGAAAGCCGAGCUUGAGAAAGAGCGUCAGAGGAUUCGCGAGAAGGACUUGCGGGAGAGACUUGAGCGCGAGCGGAAAGAGCGACAGGAGAAGGAGGCCAAAGAUGCGAAUGCCGCGAAAGCUGCACGAGCUGCUGCAGCUCCUACGCCAAAGGCAUCACCUCCCAAGCGACCGCCUAUGCCAUCUGCUCGGACUGAAGACGAUGACGCUUACUCUUUCCGACCCUAUGACAGACCGAAGCACAAGGCCAACUCAGCCGCGUCAAUGUACUCGGAAUCGUCGUACGCACCUUCUCAGAGCACAGCUCGCACGACUCCUCCGCCCUCGUUCAGCGGCCCAUACACCACCAAGGAUCCUGAUAAGAUCAUGAUCAAAGGAGUCUUCCGGUUCAACAACGCCUUCAUGAGGACACCAAUCUCCCAAUUGAUUUCCGGGCAGAGACCAGUGACGGAUGGACUCAUUCUGCGGAUCACCACCGAGGGUCUCUUCAUCGACGACGACCGACGUAGCGAGCCCCAGCGAGAGUGGGAUGUCAAAGCCUGGACCAUGAAGUUAGUCGAGGUAUGGUGCUCCAAUUUCUUAUGUUCGACAUCUCCCCAGCACUCAACUUCUCUUGAUCAUAGACACAGUGCUCAAACUCUUGCUGAUUUUACUGCAGAGCUGCGAAAUGGCCGGCAUACAUCUCCUCCGCGCUACGAUUCGAGACCAAGAAGGCAAGAAGUAUGUCUUUGUCAUUCCGCAAAGCGAAGGCUGGAAGGUCGCUGUCGGUCUGCAAAGGCUGCGAAGGGGCUCAAUAGUGCAGUCUUUGGGAGUUGCAGGUAUGCCUCAGAACGAAGCGAAGGCGCUGCUCGAGAACUUGGGCUACAUUUGA